AUGCUUUCGUUCAAGAGCAGAAUGAAGACGUUUGCGGGAUGGCCCAGGGACUAUGGAGUUGCAACACCUGAGAGGCUGUGCAUUGCAGGGUUUAUUUGUGUAUCUGCCGAGAAUGAGUGUUUGACUGUUCAGUGUGUGUACUGUAAGAAAACACUUGAGUGCUGGGAGGCAACAGAUGUGCCUGCGAAGGAGCAUUAUGCACACAUGAAGACAUGCCCGUUGUUUAAUAUGUGCAAGAUUGGCAGCAGGCUUGCGAUGUUUGCGGAGCAGGAUACUAAGGAUGCCAAGCUGCUAGCAAAGAAUGGAUUUGUGAGGUAUGAUCUUGGAGAUGAGCCAUAUGUGUUCUGCUAUGUAUGCGGGUCUUCAGACACAAGCCAUGUGUGUAAAAGGGCGAGGAGGAGUGUUUAUGAUCCUUUGAAGAUGCCCACUGUGUUUUUCUACAAACUGAUUGAGGGAGAGUACAUCAAGGAGGUUAUAGAGUGUUUGGAGUCGAGUGUGUAUGUUCCGAACAGGCUACAGGGAUUGGCUAAGAUGCUGGUGAAUGGGAUGGGGAUGAAGGCUGCAUUGACGAUGAGUGUUGGAGAUGCGAUAAGUGGAUUUAUAGGAAAGGUGAUGCAAGAAAUGAACAGGAUGAUGGUUAGAGACAUGAAAGAGAUUCUUGACGCAGGGCAUAAGGUUGAAGGGAGCGAGCUACUGGAAUGA